AAUUUAAGGUCCCUGAGUGUAAGAUCUUAAAAAAGAAUGGGACUUGCUUUGGUGAAGAAUGUCAAAGCAGCAGACAAUGCACAAAGUUUUGUCUUCCUGAAUGAUGAUGUGAAUGUUGAUAAAGAUGGAGGUGAUGAUGAUUUGAUAGAUUUACAAGUUCCUGCUCGUGUUAAAAACAUACACAUUGAUGGGUUAUCAGUAACGAAAAAUGAAUUAGUAACUAAACAACUGGAAAGAUUAUUUGACUGUAAAACCUUUGACAGUGUCAUGACAGAAUCUCAUUUGUGUAAACUCAAGCUAGAGCGACUAGGUAUUUUUCGUGGAAUUGAAGUGUUUAUCGAUGUAGCAGAUAGUAAGAAGAAUGGCGAAUUUGAUGUGUAUUACUUUGUUAAAGAGUCGAGGCGUCUCAGUGCAAACGCUGGCACCCACGUGGGCCAUAAUGAGGGCAGCAUGUCAAUGGGUGGAAGAGUUAAUAACAUUCGUGGGUUAGGUGAAACGUUAAAAGCUAACGCCACAUUUGGUACUAGUGUUUCUUCAUCGUAUGAAUUUUCUUUCUCCAAACCCUUGCUGCAUGACCCUGACAAAAAAUUCUCUAUCCGAGCUUUAAAGUCGCUCACUGACUAUGUGCAGUCACAAUAUAAAGAAGACGCUAAAGGUCUUGUGUUAGAUUUUACACUUCCAAGUCCUUUUGGAGUCCAUACCCUAGCAUGGGACUACAUCUGGAGAGAGAAUAUUAUCAACCCAUCUGCACCCUUUGACAUUCGAGAACACGCUGGAAACAUGUUGAAGUCAGCAAUUAGGCAUUCUUUUGUCAGUGACGGACGUGACGACUGGAUUUUUCCGUCGGAUGGGCAUUUGCUAAAACACAAUAUAGAAUACAGUGGCGUUGGUGGUAACGUCAAAGGAUGGAAAACAGAUAUUGAACUCCAGUUGAAUAAAGAAUUGUUUUCAGACAUUAUCCUAGCUGCAGCAGUGAACACUGGUGUAUCACGCUCUCUUACCAACGAACCUUUAGCAAUCAAUGAUAGAUAUUUUGUAGGAGGGCCGCUUUCUGUGCGCGGUUUUGCAAUGAAGGGUAUUGGAAAUCAUUCGCUACAAGCUUCGAUGGGCGGGGAAGUGUUUUGGGCGUCUGGUUUACAUUUAUAUACGCCAUUACCGUUUAGACCAGGUCGAGGAGGAUUUGGCGAUUUAUUUCGAAUGCAUUUCUUCGCAAACGCUGGUAACUUGUCAAACACUGCAAAUUUAGAUAUGAAUGAGUUUAUAAAAAGACCGAGGUAUUCCUACGGUUUGGGACUUAUGUUCAUGCUUGGUGGUAUGGCCAGGCUGGAAGUAAAUUAUUGCAUUCCAAGGAAUGCGCAACCUGGGGAUAUCAUCAAUGAAGGUUGGCAAAUUGGCGUAGGGUUAAACUUUCUUUAACUUUUUAAGCUGACAUCAGACGAAAUGUAUUGUUUGUCAUAUAAUAGCAGUAUAUAUAAUAUUAUCAACAAAAAUAGCUGUAAAAUUAUUUUUGUUAAAGCUAAUUAAAUAAUCCUUUUAAAACUUUCUUUUUUU